GUGUUACUGUUAAUCUCGAACAAUACUAAUCCCAAUCUUUGUCUUCAGUCUCGUCAAUUGUCUCGACUGUACAUACAACAUCUCAGGGCUUCCUUUCUAGAUCCCCCUUUAUCUUAUAUCUUCAAAUAAAUCUCUAGAAGUACACUCUACACAACACCACACCACACACACCGCCCCUCGCCAUCAUGUCUGCUCGUCCUCAAAACAUCGGCAUCAAGGCCAUUGAAAUUUACUUCCCAAGUCAGUGUGUUGCUCAAGAAGAACUCGAGAAAUUCGAUGGCGUUAGUGCGGGAAAAUACACAAUUGGUCUUGGUCAAACUAAGAUGAGCUUCUGCGACGAUAGAGAAGAUAUUUACUCUUUUGCCUUGACCGUUACCUCGCGCCUUCUCAGCAAGUACAGCAUUGAUACCAAAACCAUUGGACGUCUUGAGGUCGGUACAGAGACUCUUCUCGACAAAUCGAAAUCCGUAAAAUCAGUUCUUAUGCAAUUGUUUGGAGAUAACUCGAAUAUUGAGGGAAUUGACACUGUUAAUGCAUGCUACGGUGGUACCAACGCCGUUUUCAACGCUGUCAACUGGGUAGAAUCAUCUGCAUGGGAUGGAAGAGACGCCAUUGUCGUUGCUGGAGAUAUUGCUCUAUAUGCCAAGGGUGCUGCACGUCCAACUGGAGGUGCUGGAGCUGUUGCCAUGUUGAUUGGACCAAAUGCUCCAGUUGUUGUCGAGCCUGGUCUUCGCGGAUCCUACAUGCAACAUGCCUACGAUUUCUACAAGCCAGAUCUUACAAGUGAAUACCCAAUCGUUGACGGUCACUUCUCUUUGAGAUGCUACACUGAAGCGGUUGAUGCUUGCUACAAGGCCUACAACAAGAGAGAACAAACUCUUAAGCCUCUCGCCAACGGACAUACCAAUGGUGCCGUUGCCGAGGAAUCAACAAAAACUCCUCUUGACCGUUUCGAUUACAUGGCUUUCCACGCCCCUACCUGCAAGCUCGUUUCCAAAUCAUACGCCCGUAUGCUCUACAACGACUAUCUUGCCAACCCAACCGCAUCAGCUUUUGCCGAUGUACCAGCUGAGUUAAGGGAUAUGGAUUACGCCAAGUCUUUGAGCGACAAGGUCGUCGAGAAGACAUUCAUGGGAUUGACAAAGAAGCGUUUCAACGAGCGUGUUCAGCCUAGUAUCCAAGUCCCAACAUUCUGUGGAAACAUGUACACUGCCAGUGUUUAUGGUGGAUUGGUUGGUUUGUUGAGCAAUGUUGAUAGUGCCGCCCUUCAAGGAAAGAGAAUCGGUAUUUUCAGUUAUGGAAGUGGUUUGGCUGCAAGUUUGUUCUCAUUAAAGAUCAACGGCUCCACUGAGGCCAUUUCAAAGGCUUUGAACUUGCAAGAAAGACUCGAUGCUCGCAGAACCGUCGCCCCAGAAGUUUACGAAGAGUUCUGCGCUCUCCGCAAGGAAGCCCAUCUCCAAAAGUCAUACACACCCAAGGGUAGCCCAGAUACCAUUGUCGAGGGUACCUACUACCUCAAGAGCGUCGACGAGAUGUUCCGCAGAGAAUAUGAAAUCAAGGCAUAAAUUCUCAAAAUUAAUUUUAAUUUGACAGCGAUUCUUUCUGCUUGCGACUUGCAUAGAUUAAAUGGGAUGGCUACUUUCUGCCUUCGAAUUGCAUGUUCACGAUUAUCCUCUACAGGGCGCUAUAUUCGCUUGCAUAUACUUCACUUCUAGAUAGACCAGGAGUGUGGUAAAUAGAGAGUUUGGGAGUGAAGGGGAGGGAUGGGGAUGGAAAUUUCAAUGCUUGGGAUUAUUUCAGUGAAAUAGGAAUUUUUACAUUUUGAUACUGAUGAGGGAAAGGUGAGGGAGAAACAGCAAAAUUGAAGCAUUGUGUGGAUGCUAGUUGAAUCUUAGGUCUUGACCUACACAUGGAUUUAGACAAACAAUGAUAGAUAUGAGAAUGACAAAUUUGGAUCUUGAUUCA